AUCAAUUUGACCAAACAUCCGGGUUUCUCCUUUUUGCGUUCCGGCUCAUCCCGCAUCUCCGUCCGGCCCCUGGACUUCUCACUCCCUCCGGCCGACGUCUCUCCAGCAAGUCGGCGCGCGGAAUUAGCGCGGGCUUCAGCGACGGGACCCCUCAAGGGACAUGGCAACUACGGCGGCGCCGGGUGGCGGCGCCCGAAACGGGGCCGGCCCGGAAUGGGGAGGGUUCGAAGAAAACAUCCAGGGUGGGGGCUCAGCAGUGAUUGACAUGGAGAACAUGGAUGAUACCUCAGGCUCUAGCUUCGAAGAUAUGGGUGAGCUGCAUCAGCGUCUGCGGGAGGAAGAAGUAGAUGCCGAUGCAGCUGCUGCUGAAGAAGAGGAUGGAGAGUUCCUGGGAAUGAAGGGCUUCAAGGGACAGCUGAGCCGGCAGGUGGCUGAUCAGAUGUGGCAGGCAGGGAAGAGACAAGCUUCCAGGGCCUUCAGCUUAUACGCCAACAUCGACAUCCUGAGACCCUACUUUGAUGUGGAGCCUGCCCAGGUGCGCAGCAGGCUUCUGGAGUCCAUGAUCCCUAUCAAGAUGGUCAACUUCCCCCAGAAAAUUGCAGGUGAGCUCUAUGGACCUCUCAUGCUGGUUUUCACGCUGGUUGCCAUCCUCCUCCACGGGAUGAAGACAUCCGAUACCAUUAUCCGCGAGGGCACUCUGAUGGGCACAGCCAUUGGCACCUGCUUUGGCUACUGGCUGGGCGUCUCAUCCUUCAUUUACUUCCUCGCCUACCUGUGCAACGCCCAAAUCACCAUGCUCCAGAUGCUGGCACUGCUGGGCUAUGGCCUCUUUGGGCACUGCAUUGUCCUGUUCAUCACCUAUAACAUCCACCUUCAUGCCCUCUUCUACCUCUUCUGGCUGCUGGUGGGUGGGCUCUCCACCCUGCGCAUGGUGGCAGUGUUGGUGUCACGGACUGUGGGUCCCACACAGCGGCUGCUCCUUUGUGGCACCCUGGCUGCCCUGCACAUGCUCUUCCUGCUCUAUCUGCAUUUUGCCUACCACAAAGUGGUAGAGGGGAUCCUGGACACACUGGAGGGUCCCAACAUCCCACCCAUGCAGAGGGUUCCCAGAGACAUCCCAGCUGUGCUCCCUGCUGCUAGGCUUCCCGCUGCCGUGCUCAACGCCACAGCCAAGGCUGUUGUGGUGACCCUGCAGUCACACUGACCCUACCUGGAAACCUUGGCCGGCCCCCUUCCCUCAGCUGCGGCGGUGAAGAUUAAAGGACAGUACUGACGACAAGUGUUUCUUUGCUGGGGUCUGCAGCUGCCCCAAAGCUGCAGCCAUUUAAGCAUCUCCUUGAUGCCUGUGAGGGCUUCUGAAGGGCACAAGGCCAGGAACUCCUGGCCAGGACUGCAGGGCUCUGCAGCCAGGAUGGAAAAUGGGUCAGCUCCUCCGAGGCCCUCUCACCACCUGCCCCUUCCUUCCUCUUUAUCUCUCCCACAUUGUCUUGCUAAAUAUAGACUUGUAAUUAAAAUACUGAUUGAAGUCUGGA